AGCAACAGGAAAAGAAAAUAUGCUCCGUGGUUUCAAUAUCAAAAUAACGGACAUCAAUUUCAAAACGGAUUCAUUUGAAACGACAAAGCCCCGCCCCCAGAACAGCUUCCUGCCAACGUCAGUCGAAGCAGCCAAUAACAGCCCAGACCUCGUUUCGGUGCAGAUUUCAAACCCAGUCGAGACGACAAGCGAACUGCGGUCCCGACAACCGGGGUUGUCAUUUUUAUUUUUGUUAAAAGACCGCUUUUGAGUUAGGAGGGUUGUUUUAAAUUAUUUGUUGUAAGUGUGCGGUGACAACAUGAGAGUGAGUGAAGUACAUGCAGCAGAGUGUGGCGCCUACCUCCACAGAGCCCAGGUCAGGCUGCAGGAUAUUUGGGAUGAAAUCGGGAUUCCAGAGGAACAGCGCAUACAGAGAACCAAUGAUGUUCACAAGCACAUUAAAAGUCUGCUGGAACUAAUGAUUGUAGAAGAAGAUCAGCUCAAGAAUAGAUUACUGAAAACCAUACAGGAAUGUGCUGAGGAACUUAAUAAGUUGUCCAGUGAACUUCAGCUACCCCUGUUUGAGGAGAAAGAUGGCUGCUCCAUGUUGCAGAUGGAGAAGAAUAGUCGCACACGUGUAGAGGUGAUGAAGGAGCACAAGAAGAAAAGAAUGGAAGAGCUUUCAGGCCUCAUUGGCAAAGACUGUGAGCUGUGUGAUAUUAUGUGCAUGACCCCAUUUUGCAUUGACAAAGACGCCGUCCCAUCACUGAAGCAACUUGAGACAUAUCAUGCCUACCUGGAUGAUCUGACCAAAGAGAAGGAAUGUCGUCAUGAUGAAUUUGUAUGCGUCAGAAAGGAGAUUAUUGUAUGCAUGGAUGAUCUGGAGCGACACCCAGACACAAGCUUUGAGAUGGAUGUGAUGUGCGAGGAUGAGGAGGCAUUUUGUCUUUCAAAUGACAACAUUGCUGCUCUGAAACUACUGCUCAGUCAGUUACAAAAACACAAGGCUGAGAACGAGCACCUUUGUUCAGCUUUCCGUUCUAAGAUCCAGGAGCUGUGGGAAAGACUUAAGAUUCCCCAAGAGGAGAGGGAAGCCUUCUCUGAGCAUAUGAUCAUGUCAAAGAAGAGAAACAUCGAGGCUCUCCAGGCUGAGGUCCAGCGUCUAGAGGUGCUGAAAAUGCAGAGCAUGACUACUGUCAUUGAGGCCAUCAGAGCUGAGAUUGCUCUUUUCUGGGAGAGAUGCUUCUACAGCCAAGAACAACAGCAAGCUUUUGUUCCAUAUCAUGAUGAUGAUUUUACUGAAGAGCUUCUCAACCUGCACGAGGCAGAGAUCAGAACCCUGAAGAUGUGUUACGAGGGCCACAGAGAACUCUUUGAGGGAGUCACAAAAUGGCAGGAGAACUGGACCUUGUACUUGGAACUUGAUAAAAGGGCAAAUGACCCCUCGAGGUUAUUCAACAGACGCGGGAACCUUCUGAAAGAAGGGAAGGAAAGAGCUGACCUGCAGAAAGGUUUGCCUAAGCUGGAAAAGAGUCUGAAAGCCCAAAUUGAUGGUUGGGAGGAGGAACAUGGCAAAGAAUUCCUAGUUAAUGGACAGAAAUUUCUUGAGUACGUGCGGCAGCAGUGGGACCACCACCAUGCUGAAAAGGAGAACGAGAAACUGGAGAGGCAAAUGAAGAAAACAAAACAGACACAGGAGGACAUGUUAUUUGGAACUUCAGUGAGAACACCAUCCAAAAGGCGGAUAGCAGGGACUCCCACACCUGUAAAACUAAGAAAGGUCAUUGGCACCUCAACCAUCUCCACUCCUAACAGCAUCCUUUGUUCAGGCCUCAGUGGAACCAUGAGCCAGUCCUCCAUCCAGAAACCACCUCUUUCUGCCAGCAAGGGUUUUGUCCUACGAACCCCUGGACAUGGAAAAACUCCCCUUGGAACAACAGACAGAAACAAGGAAAACAUCUCUCAUCUAAGAAACACUCCCAGUGGCACACUAAGGUCUGAGGAUACUCAAGAUCACAACCUCACCUUUAACUCUGUUGCAGCUUCCUAUUCGGAUUUUGCGAAAGACCUCUCGAAGGCGUCUAAAUCCAAUGUGAUGUCUGGACUGCUGAACUCCACUGUGAGUCAUCAGUGAUGGGUCACAUGGCUUCGCUGUAGUUUGGUGUAGUAUUCAGAUCGUGGACAAGAGGGAACAUUAAUGUCAACCAACUACAACAAAUGUAAAUAUUUCAGUUUAUGUAAACACUUCGAGUCUAUCAUUCUGUUUUUCUUAAGACUUUACUCCGGGCUUAGCCCGACUGCUUUCUCUGCCGUCUGUUUUUGUGGCAAGUUAUUGAUAUUUUUACCGAGUUGGUUCUGGCUUUUGAUUUGACCUUUUUCUUCUAGGGCUACAGCUUUUUAAAUAACACUUUAACCAUAUCUAGAGAAUAACUUUCUUUUAAUACUCUAGCAGCUUAGCCAAAGCACCAUGGUGUUAUUCCUCCAGCUUGGAUGAAAGCUAAUUUUGCUCUUCAGAGUAAUUUCUUUUUUUAAUCAAGCUGCAAAUAAAUGUUUAAGAUACCUAUUUAUGA